UGGACCAAGUUGUAGCUGACCAAGAAGAUGAAAUGCCAAAUGAGUUAGAAGAAGAUGAGUUGUUUUUUCAAGACAUUGAUGUUUUACAAAGUCACGGAAUAAAUGUUGCUGAUAUAAAGAAGUUAAAAUCAGUUGGAAUAUGUACUGUAAAGGGCAUUCAAAUGACAACCAAAAGAAAGUUGCUUCAAAUAAAGGGGAUUUCAGAAGCAAAAGUUGACAAAAUUAAAGAAGCUGUAGCAAAAUGUUGUAGCAGUGGCUUUUUCACAGCAUUAGAGUAUAGUGAAAUAAGAAAACAGUGCUUUAGAAUAUCUACUGGUAGCAUGGAACUUGACAAAUUGCUUGGAGGUGGUAUUGAGAGUAUGUCCAUUACUGAAGCAUUUGGAGAAUUUCGUACUGGUAAAACUCAAAUAUCGCAUACUUUAUGUGUAACGGCUCAACUUCCAGGACCUAACAACUAUCCUGGUGGAAAAGUUAUGUUCAUUGAUACAGAAAACACAUUUCGACCUAAUCGUUUACGUAGCAUAGCUGAUCGCUUUAACCUUGACCAUGAAGCAAUGUUAGGAAACAUUGUUUUUUGCCGUGCGUAUACAAGUGAACAGCAGUUUGAAGUUCUCGAUAUGGUUUCAGCAAAAUUUCAUGAAGAAGCAGGAGUUUUUAAAUUGUUGAUAAUUGACUCAAUCAUGGCAUUGUUUCGCGUUGAUUAUAGUGGUCGUGGUGAACUAGCGGAUAGACAGCAGAAACUAGGUCAAAUGCUUUCUAAAUUACAAAAAAUUUCUGAAGAGUAUAAUGUUGCUGUAUGGAUAACCAAUCAAAUGACUGCUGAUCCAGGAGCUACAAUGUCGUUUCAAUCUGAUCCAAAAAAGCCAAUUGGUGGACAUAUUUUAGCACAUGCAUCUACAACUCGUAUUUCUCUCAGAAAAGGACGUGGUGAAUUAAGAAUAGCAAAGAUUUAUGACAGCCCUGACCUUCCUGAAUGCGAAGCCACGUAUGCUAUUACAAAUGAAGGUAUUACUGACGCCAAAGAAUAAAAUAGGAUGAAAAAAUUUUGUGGUGCUAUCUUGCAAUAUUUACGGGUUGUUUUGUAAUAGGGGUUGUUUUCCAGUAUUUUGUGUUGAGCGUUGACAGUUUAUGUUAUUGUUUUUUUAAUAAAUAUUUAAGUUUUGA